UCACCUGAUCUCAAGGUCACCCUCCAAACAAUAAACAGCGCUGCCAUCAGUAUCAAGGUCACCAGCGGCCAAUGGCUGGCUAUUCUUAUCUCUGCUGGUUCGAGAUGUUUUCCUAGUUCUCCGCGACCUCUCAAGCGUGCGGUCAGCAUGUUCCGGGUCUUCUUUCUCUCCGUGGUCUUGGGUCUAUGUGAGUGUCAAGUAGUCAGGGUGGUGGAAGUGCCUGCGGCCAGGAUUCCCAUCCCCUCCGGUAGGCCAGUCCUGCUGCCAGAGCCCAUCCCGACUGUUCGACCCCGCCAGAAUGACGUUCCCGUUUUUGAAUUUUUGAAACCAAAAGGCGUCCGAAUUUCCAUACCAGGUCCAUACCCUCCCAGCAACCAAUACAGGCUGGUAUUCCAUAUCAACAUCAACAAGGAGUUCGAAGGCUGGAAGAGAGGCGAAUUGAACGAGGGCAUCAUCCUCGGGAACGGUCAACUCUGGAGCUACACCUUCCCCAACCUCCAGGUGUUCCCUGAGGACACCAUCUACUACUGGAUAGAGGUCCAUGGGUUCGACUGGGAGAAGGGUUACAAGGGCAACUACAAAGUUAGUCAGCCUGCGCCCUUGGGUGGUGCGCCUUCAGGAGAGGACAACCUCGGUGACUUGAGGCCGUGUAGAGGACUCUCGGCCACCACCUACUCCGGGGGCCGCAGGGCCUGUCUGGGCGAGCAGAUCAUCCACUCCUACACCCACGUGGCGCAGAAGUACAAGCGGAGAGGCUCCCAGUACUUCAUGCAGAGUGUGAGGCAGAUCGCCGGCCCCAGACCGGAGGAAACGUUUACAGUAUUUUCCAACGAGAAUAUCAUCUGGAACUCUACCCACAAUGCCUUUGUACCAACAACACUUGAACAGAAAUACGGACCUUCUGCUGUAGACGCCACCAACUUCACCAUUCCAGAUUGUACAUCAGAUGAUCCAAAUCUCUGCAGUGCGGAGGCAAUGGGCUACUUGAUCCUUCCACCGAUCAUCUCUGCCAGACACUCCACAGAGAAGACAUUCUCCUUCUGCUACGGAGUCUUGGAGGUCACUGCCAAGCUACCCAGAGGAGACUGGAUAGUCCCAGAACUGUGGCUCCUACCUAAAGACAACAAGUACGGUAACAGUUCUGGUAGGAUCAUCCUGGCCAUGUCCCGCGGAAACCUGAAUCUGUCAUCUGCCGAACAGGACUACAGUGGGAGGGUCCUGGAGGCCGGAGUGGAAACAGCCUCUGGAGCCAGGAUGUUCAAAAAGAUCCAGGAUAGGCCAUGGUCCAGCGAUUAUCAUAAGUUCAAGCUGGUGUGGACUCCAGAUAAGCUGGAGUUCUUAGUGGAUGAAGAGGUGAUUGGCAAGAUCCAACCUGGAGAAGAGGGUCUGGAGCCCGGACUGCAGGGAUCAAAAAUGGCACCAUUCGAUCAGGAAUUCUAUUUGGUGUUCGGGCUCCAUGUGGGCGGUGACAAGGACUUCCCUGACUCAAUCAUCGGCAAGCCUUGGAAAAACUACGAACCCAAGAAUAAACUGAAGUUCUGGUUUGCUCGAGACAGUUGGCUGCCCACUUGGGGCAUACAUUCCGUCUUUCUCAUAAAAGGACUUUCGAUCACUGCCUUGCAUCAGCCUUAAACUGUGUGUUUUAUUCUGCUGUUGUUCCAAUACAUGUUUUUAUUCCAA